AUGUUCCGGACUACUCUUCGAAGGCUGGCGCAAGCAGCUGAGACAUCUGCGCCGACGUCCGCGUCACGGUCGAAGUUGACAAUCGCCAACAACCCUUACAGAGCGAAGAAAGUAUGGCCGCCCAACUUUGCCGACUUGACGCCACAGCAGCAGCUGCGGUUCGAAAAGAAGUACAAGCGAAGGGUGGUGCAGUCGCAGUACUCUGAAAAAUGGGACAGGGGCACGAAGAUACUGCGGUUUACAAUGGUGUCGGCUGCCUUGAUCUACGCGCUCUUCUUCGCAGAAAUGGAGUUCUAUGGCCAGAAGUACAAGCCAGCUGACGAGAUUGUCGCGAAAGUCGGCACCAUCUUCGGUGUCAUGGACCCGGAGAAACGGUAUGAGCGGCGUAGAGAUGCGCCUCCCAUCAACCCCAAAAGCUCUGAACCUGCGCCCAAGCCAUAA